UUUAAUCCAUUUCCUCCCCGGAGGCUAAUUAGUUAAUUAACGAAUUUAUUCUAACUAAUCACUUUCUCUCUGUAAAAUCUUCCCUAAAUUCUCGAUCUGAAAGAUCAUGGGGGUCAGGUAUCAGAAUCUCCAUUUCUCCUUAUAGCAUCAUCGCCAAGCGUCACCUCUUUCUCUGCUUAACAUUAUACAUUUUUCCCUGUAAAAGCAUAGCACUUCCUCGUGUAUAUGGGACGCGAUCGCCGGUGAGUUUGAUCUCGCCGUUCUGAUUCUACUGAAUUUGCGUUUGAGUUUUUGCUUUUUUUCCGAUUGGAGAAAGGUGCAAAUUGUAAUCUAUGACUUUGGAAGAACGGGGGGUGGGAUGUGAUCCAGCUGUGGUGUUGAGUAGUUUGUGUAAAUGCUCGUGGGAGGAGAUCUAGUUUUUUUCUUUCGCGCGGCGGCGGCGGUGUUUGUGGUGCUCUUAGGGCCGGUGGUUGGGGUUGUGGUGCGUCGUAAAUGGCGGCGCGUUGUGGCCAGGAGGGAUGAGAUUAAUCGGCUUUUGGUUUUGGCCUCCGAGGAGGCUGCUAAGGCUGAGCUCGAGGCGGCUGCCGAGUACACCUCCGGGUUUAGUUAUGGCUAUAGCUACGGCUCUGUGUUAGAGGAGGAGCUUCCGGCUAGUGCUCCGACGACUGUCCCUGUAUUGGCUUCCGCUUCGUCCCCAGUGCAGGUUACUCGGCAAUUGCCGUACCAGUGCGCGUUGUGCUUUUCCCCGGCGUCUGCAAAGUGUUCACGGUGUAAAGCAGUUCGAUAUUGUUCUGGCAAAUGUCAAAUCAUCCACUGGAGGCAGGGUCACAAAGAUAAGUGCCAUCUGGUUCUCAACUGCAAUCAUCAGAGUAGUGAUGAAACUUGUCACUCAAAGGCGUUUAAGCAAAAUGCAAAUGAAAGUUUUGCUAAUGGUAUUGAGGAUGAAGGCGCACAGUCUCCCUUACCAAUUAAUGUCUCUGCAGAGCCUGUUUUAUCAAAAUCCAGUAUGUCUGGCAUAUCAAAUGGGAUGGAUGCCAUGGAAGGAAAUCAUCUAACUGAUGAAACAACCUCAAAUUCAGAUUCUGACUUUUCGGUUUGUUCAAUUUCCACCACCACAUCAAGUAAAUCUAGUACAUCUGUCAGUGAUUCAGAUGAUUCUGUUCAGACUCAAACUUGUCAGCCCAACAUGGAACAAUGUAAGCUACCUUCUUUGGAGCAGCCCACCCUGAUCAGGUCUAUUAAUGCUGUUUCUACUUCAAGUAGAUCUAGUCAUAUAAAGCCUGGAUCUGAAGAUAUAAAGUCAAGUUCAUCAGGUUCAAGAAUAUCAAGUAUUGGCUCUGGUGAGUCUUCAUCUUUGGGGCAUAAUUCAUCCUCUUGUGGCUUUUGGGAAGGAGCGGCUAAUUAUGGCUUAUCUAAAAUGUAUGUAGCAAAGGAUGUUCCCCAUCCUAGUCCCAAAGAGAGUGUUGACAUCAAUAUGUCAGGUUCUCGGUCAUCUCCGUACCAUUCUUCAGAAAUAACUAAAGCUGCCUUUCCUGAUGUGGAUGAGCAAUCCUGCCAAGCACAAUCAAUAAAUUUGGAUGGUCCUGGAUCAAAAAUAUCAAAAGUAAGGAAACAAAAUGAUUCAGCUGGACUGUUGCAAAUUAAAGAUACUAUGGAGUUCAGAAGGUCAUCACCUUUGAAGCCUGAAACACCUACCAAAACUGAAAUCAAUUACCCCAAUGAAAAAUGUACUUUGAAUUCUAUGGAAACUAGUCAUCCCUUGUUUACUGCUUCACAUGCUUGCCCAAUGCUGCAUUUAGCGAGUAACAGCACAUUAAAGGUGAAUGGCUUGCUGAGAGAGUCAAAUGGUGGUAUUGAAGGCAUAAACAAUAUCUCACAUACUCCAAAAGCCCUACAGGUUGAAUCUCUCCCUGCAACAGCUUAUUUUGGUCAUCCAUCUUCCAGCAUUGAAAGUCAUGAGUUUAGAAGUAUGAAGUCCAUAAAGAAUGACAGCACACAGCAGGUUACUGCUCACUCAUCAGAGUGUGGAAAUGAUUCACAAAAUUGUAAAAUAGGCUUGGAGGUUAUUGACCAAUUAAAAAAUUUGAAGUUGCCACCCUGUAAUUCCUUAGGAGCCUGGAGUGAAAUUGCAGGAAGAUACAAUGGCAAGGGUAUAUUUCCAUAUGAGUUGUUUGUAAAGCUUUACGAUUGGAGCAAGGUUGAACUGCAUCCAUUUGGCCUCUCAAAUUGUGGGAAUAGCUGUUAUGCUAAUGCUGUCCUCCAGUGCUUGGCAUUUACUCCGCCUCUCACUGCUUAUUUUCUUCAAGGACUUCAUUCAAAAGGAUGCAGGAAGGAAGGAUGGUGCUUCACCUGUGAAUUAGAGAGUUUAGUUCUAAAAGCAAAGGAGGGAAAUUCUCCACUCUCCCCAAUCCGAAUAGUUUCCCAUUUGGAGAACAUUGGGAGCAAUCUUGGUAAUGGGCAAGAAGAAGAUGCUCAUGAGUUUCUCAGGUAUGUCAUUGACACCAUGCAAUCUGUUUGCUUGAAGGAAGUAGGAGUCACUGUAUCAGGAUCUUUGGAAGAGGAAACAACUCUAAUUGGGCUUACAUUUGGAGGCUGUCUCCGCUCAAAGAUUGAGUGCAUGAGGUGUGGAGGCAAAUCUGAGAAGCAUGAAAGAAUGAUGGACCUUAUAGUUGAGAUAUAUGGAGAUGUUGUAACUCUGGAAGAGGCUCUAAAACAAUUCUCACGCACUGAGGUGUUAGAUGGUGAAAACAAGUACCACUGCAGCAGAUGCAAAUCCUAUGAAAAGGCUAGAAAGAAGAUGAAAGUGCUGGAGGCCCCUAAUGUCCUUACUAUUACCUUGAAGAGAUAUCAGUCAGGUAAAUUUGGCAAGCUGAAUAAGCCGGUAACAUUUCCUGAAAUUCUGAAUUUGGCCCCAUACAUGAGUGGAACGAGCGACAAGUCACCAAUUUACCAGCUCUAUGGAGUUAUAGUUCAUUUGGAUGUUAUGAAUGCUGCAUUUUCUGGUCACUACAUUUGUUAUGUGAAGAAUUUUCAAAACAAGUGGUUCAGAGUUGAUGACAGCACGGUAAAAGCUGUUAAACUUGAAAGUGUCUUGUCAGAGAGGGCAUACAUACUUCUCUAUGCUAGGUGCUCUCCACGGGCCACAAGAUCCAUAAAGAAGUUGUCAAUUCCCCAUGAUGCAAGGAGAUUAAAACAUCUGAACCGUAAACCUAGAUCUGAGAUGAGUUCUUGGGAUAUUUUUGAAGGUGAUGACUAUCUGAGUGACGACAAUUCAUCAUCUCUUUUUUCUGAGGUUGGUACUUCUAGUUCGAGCACAGACAGUAGCCACAGGGAUUCUGUAAGCAUUGACGACUAUUUUGAAAUAUCUGGCGACCCUGGAGGCUUUUGGAGAAAUUCUUCAGAUUCCGACGCAUCUUCCUCAUCCUCUCCUUCUCCCUUGUAUUCAAGGCAUUCACAGCAUGCUGACAUGGAGACGACUGGAUAUUCUUCUCAAAAUGCAGAACCAACAGCGAAUGGUCAGGGCGGCUUUUGGGCAGGAAUAACCCGGAGCAGAGAUCUUGGGAGUUCUGAAAACAAAGGGAAGUGUUCCUUUCUCCCAUCUUAACUUGACUAAACAUUAUAAGUAGCCAUAGUAUUAAGGCGACAAGAACCCAUAGACUUUAGCAUAGGAUAACCCUUAACUGACAGCCUAGUAUGACAAAAGCUUGGGUAUUCUAGGCAAGAAAUAAAGAGCUGGAGAGAGGUGGGGUUAGGAAGUGGCUGUAUAUUUAUACCCUUUGCCAUAGUUUCAUCACUUUCUUCCCCUUGUAGUAGUAACUCUCUAACAUUGUAAUAUGGAUGGUUGUCCUUCAAUUCCUAUCAAAUAAAUAUAUAGUUGGCCGCCCUUGUCGAAUUGUUA